GUGCGCUUCACCGGGGACAGUCCCGUUAAACGGAGCGGCUGAACGGACGCAUCUCAAUCCUGCACACGGACAAAAACCAUCAGAGUACCACGAAGAAAAGGACCAAAGGAAACUCCUGAGAUUUUCUUGUUUGAGGUCAAAGAUCAGCAGUCACCAUGGCAGACGAAGCGGACAUGCGCAAUGAGCUGGCCGACCUGCAGACGCGUGCCGAUCAGAUAGCUGACGAGUCUCUGGAGAGCACUCGGCGUAUGCUGGCUCUGGUCGAGGAGAGUAAAGAUGCCGGCAUCAGGACCCUGGUCAUGUUGGAUGAACAGGGAGAACAACUUGACCGUGUGGAAGAGGGCAUGAACAAGGUGAACGCAGACCUGAAGGAGGCCGAGAAAGAUUUAAAAGAUAUAGGACAAUGCUGUGGUCUGAUAUGCCCAUGUAUUAAAAAGAUUAAGGGCGGGGGCCAGGCCUGGGGAGGGAACCAGGAUGGAGUGGUGAACAGCCAGCCGGGGGCUCGAGUGGUGGACGAGCGUGAACAGAUGGCCAUCAGCGGGGGUUUCAUCCGCAGGGUAACAGAUGAUGCCCGGGAGAACGAGAUGGACGAGAACUUAGAGCAGGUGGGCGGGAUCAUCGGCAAUCUGCGUCACAUGGCCCUGGACAUGGGCCAGGAGAUCGACACCCAGAACCGCCAGAUCGACAGGAUCAUGGAGAAGGCUGAUUCCAACAAGACCAGGAUCGAUGAGGCUAACCAGCGUGCUACGAAGAUGUUGGGCAGUGGCUAAACUGCAGCAAC